AUGUCCUCACAGAUCCCGCCCCUCCUAGAAUCUCACCUCGCCCUCCCGCCGAGACACUCACAGGUCCUUGUGACCAGCAUGCUCGGCGCCAGCUCGAACUGGCUCGUCCUGCGGUAUCUGACGACGGGGAGGGAUGAGGAGGAGGGGGCCAGUGGACAGGAUGAGGUAAAGGUUGUGCUGGUGAGCUUCAUGCGGGACUAUGGCUUUUGGAGGGACGGCGCGGCACGAUUGGGUCUCAACCUUGACGCCGUGGCGAAAGAGAAGAGAUUCUUCUUCGUUGACGGCCUCGAGCGCCUCUUCCUCGAGAACACCGCGGCCCGUGGGCAACCACCACCACCAUCAUUGCCGAACAGGACGAGCCACACGUACCUGGAGACCCCGCGCCUGUCUGAUGUCGCGAGGACGUUACAUGCCGCCAUCGACCAGCCACUCUCUAGCUCUACGGGGCCCGUCGUGCUCCUGAUGGACCAGCCGGACGUGCUGCUGGCUGCAGCCGGCGGGGUGGCGGAGGGGAUAGACAGUUGGGGGUUGCGAGAGUUGGUUCUUGACUUACAGGAGAAAAUCCAUGCGACCAUCCUGACGCUCGCCGCGGACGAGCCGUUAGUCUCGCCGCAGUCCUCGACAUUGGAAAUAGAGCACGCCUCGUUUCUCCUCUCAAUAGCCCACGGGGCAGAGGCCGUGAUCUCCCUGAGGACGCUGGAAUCGGGCAAGGCCAGGGACGUCAGUGGGGUGGUUAGGAUCAGCAGCAGCAGCAGCAGCAACGGCGGCGGCGUGAGCGGCUCCAAGCGGCCUGCAGAGACGCGCGAGUAUUUGUACAAUGUCGCGUUCGACGGCACAGUCAGGGUUUUUGAGCGUGGGCAAUAA